AUGGAGACCUUUACCUCGUUCUGGUCGAAACCUCCGACAUGGGCGUCACUCGCCAGCCGAAUGUUACCCGUGUUCGACGGAUAUUCCGCCUUGAAGACGUCCGCCCCCGACCCCCAUAACGUCGUGGAUGAUCAGAAUCACGAAGGGGCCGAAAUAGGAACCCCAGGCGUUCAGGUCGCAGGGAUGUACAUCCCACACGAAAUUCUCAACCUCAUCUUCCAUUAUGUGCGACUGCAGCCCAUUCUCGACAGCCACAGCCAGGUGCUGGCUCCAGAGGUCGUCCUAUCUCACGUUUGCUAUUCCUGGAGGAUGGCUUGCCUCGAUUCUAGUGACCUCUGGACGACAUUCCACGCACGACAUCCCUCCCGAUCGUCCCUCGCCAGGUUACAAGCCUACCUAACACGCUCUGGAGCGCGUUUAAUCGACAUCGCUUUCGAUUUCGGAUCCAGCCCAGAACCAGGCAUUUCUUCAGAAUGUUUUAUUUCGGAGAUUGUCCCCCAUCGGAUUCGCUGGCGAAGGCUGCUCAUCUCACUCCCCAACCACUCAGAACAUCUCGCCAGUCUCCAAAGCUAUCUAACGCCAUCCCACUCCCCUAAUCUCCUAUCCCUAACCAUCCUUCCUCGACGGACGAACACUGACACGCUGUAUGAACACCCCGACGACCUCAACAUCCAUACGCCCACCAACUCCCUCGACGACGAAUUUCCCAGGAAGGCCCCAUUCUACUUGUGUAUGAAUGGCCACAGCGCAGCCACUUGUUUUCCCCUCCUCCGUCACGUUACCGAUCUUCGCCUCAACGUUACCUGGGAUGGACCUAUAGACGGGAACGGACCGGUCCAACAGAUGCACUGGCUUUCGUGGAAGACGUUUCUGCAGGUCCUUACCCUCCCGUCCCUCGUCAGCCUCUCCAUCGAAGGACAGCCGUAUACCCUCCCCAGAUCUGCUCAAGGCACUGUCGAGAAGAUCUCAAUGCCGCACCUCAAACUACUCCGGUAUACGGCAUCCGUGGAUUCGAGCACUUUCGAAGAUCUCAUUCUUCCGAACUUGGACGCGCCCGGUCUCGAAACCCUGACCUUGGAGCGGAUGGACCCACCCAACGACCCUACGUACUGGAUCUCAAAAUCUAUGCAACCAUUCCCGUCCCUCCGGACCCUCCACCUCGUGGAUUUCAUGGACUACGACAGGUCAUUCGCCAACUCCCUAGCUUUCCUCACCUCGAAUGUUGGGCAUCUGGUUUUGACUGGGGGCAAUCCAGUCUUAGGGCUUCUCUCAAAGGUUGCCACGGACAAGCUUUGGGGAGGGCUGGAGAAACUGACGCUAUGUUGUCCUGGAAGGAGGCCAGAUACGUAUAUGGGAGAAGAGAUCCACGCAGUCCUUGCUCUCACCCUGUAA